ACUAUAAAUAGGGGGGGUUAUAUCUGCACUGAGUUCAUAUCAAGCUUUCAAUCUCUCAUUGCAUACAAGUUCCUGAAGAGUUUACAAGAGACCCAGAAGAUCAAGAUGUCGUGCGGUGGAAGUUGCAACUGCGGUUCUUGCGGCUGCGGCGGUGGCUGUGGAAAGAUGUACCCUGACCUGGCUGAGAAGAUCAACACCACCAUCACUACUGCAACCACUGUCCUCGGUGUUGCACCUGAGAAGGGGCAUUUUGAGGUGAUGGUUGGCAAGGCAGGUGAGUCUGGUGAGGCUGCCCAUGGCUGCAGCUGUGGCUCCAGCUGCAAGUGCAACCCCUGCAACUGCUAAGGCCAAGAUGAUCUAUGACUGAAUUGCCAAUGCACCAGCCUGUCUACAUGAUGAAUAAAUAAAGAGUCCAUCCAGUGUGAUGGCUCAUGCCUGUGUGUGUGUGUGUUUGUCUCAACCAUGUGCGAAUCAGGUGUCAAAAGUCCGUGGCUGGAAAUCAAUGUGGUUUCUGGCUUUAUGUAAAUGUUGUUUGUGAAAUAUAAAUAUUGGUUUGUCUAUGAAUUUUACUCUUACUCUGUGAAAUA